CGUCAUCUCCGCCACUCCCCUCAGCAUUGUAAACCCCCUCCCACUCUUAACACACAUUAUCCUCUCUUCUCCACACAACACACAGAAACCCCCUCUCUGUACACAGUGACCUAGAGAGAGAAAAUCACCGGCAAUGGCGGUUUCCUAUGCAUCUCUGUCGAAUAUGAGCUCAAUUUCAGCGCCAAGGAGUUUCCCACGCGCGAAAGCUGCGAGUCCUGUUUGUUCCUUCGCGCCUGUGAAUCUUCGCAAAUCUGCAAUUUCUUCGUUUUCGUCGUCUAACUCUUUCUCUGGUGGUUCGUUCCGCCUGUCGUCUUCGCGUUUGGCGAGCAGAACGAGCUCUAUCCCCUUUUCAGUUCGGGCCAUGGCUGAGGAAGCUACAUUGCAAUCGAAAGUGACGAACAAAGUUUAUUUUGAUAUAAGCAUUGGAAACCCAGUGGGAAAGCUUGCUGGCAGAAUUGUAAUUGGAUUGUAUGGUGAUGAUGUGCCACAAACUGCAGAAAACUUCCGCGCUCUAUGCACAGGGGAGAAGGGAUUCGGCUACAAAGGUUCCUCUUUCCACCGUGUUAUUAAGGAUUUCAUGAUUCAAGGAGGAGAUUUCGACAAAGGAAAUGGCACGGGUGGUAAAAGCAUUUAUGGUCGUACAUUCAAAGAUGAAAACUUCCAGCUGGUUCACACCGGACCUGGAAUUGUUAGCAUGGCAAAUGCUGGCCCUAAUACCAAUGGAAGCCAAUUUUUCAUCUGUACCGUUAAGACACCAUGGCUGGACCAGAGGCACGUCGUUUUUGGACAAGUUUUGGAGGGAUUGGAUAUUGUGAGGUUGAUUGAGUCGCAAGAAACAGACAGAGGCGAUCGCCCUAGAAUGAGGGUUGUCAUAAGCGAUUGUGGUGAACUUCCGGUGGCUUAAGGUAGAGAGACAGAGACAGUUACCACCAUCAUUGAUUAGGUUUUUUGCCAAAUUUAAAUUUUUUAAUGUUACUGCUCUGAUAUAGAGGGAGGAGCUAUCUAUUGAUGAGGCUUGUCUAAGUUUUCUUGUAUUUCUUCUGUAUGUUGAGAGAGAGAGAAAUCGACUAUCUUUGUACUUCAUUAAUAAUCGGACCAUGUUUCAGGGUUCUGUUGAUUUAGUGUUCAGUUCGAAAAA